AUGGAGCAGAUUGAAAAUUCAAACGUAUAUGCUGAGAAAGGACUCUUGGAAAAUAUAAAGCUUUGCCUUUAUAAGAAACCAGUACCAUCUCCUACUGACAGAAAGAAAUUUGACUACGACUUUGCUCUCUCCACCUCAUUUCAUGGGAUACACAAUAUCGUUCGGAACCGCAGCAAAAUUCGGAAGCUGAUCUGGUUGGUGGUGGUCCUAGGCUCAGUCUCACUCGUUGUGUGGCAGAUAUACAGUCGCUUUGUCAACUACCUCACUUGGCCAACCACAACAUCUGUUGAAGUUCAAUAUGUGGAAAAGAUGGAGUUCCCUGCUGUGACAUUUUGCAAUUUGAACAGGUUCCAAACAGACCCUGUGGCCAAAUUUGGCAUUAUUUUUUUCUUGUGGAGCAUCGUAUCCAAAGUCGUCCAUCUUCAGGAAAUCAGUACCAAUUAUACUGGCUCAAAAGAGGCUAUUGAUUUUCUCACAAGACACCAAAACUUCAGCAUUACAGAGUUUGUCAAGAAAAAUGGUUUUUAUCUCAAUAAUAGCACUUUGCUGGAAUGUGACUUUUUUGGAAGGCGUUGUGGACCAAAGGAUUUUGCACAUGUCUUCACUGAAUAUGGAAAUUGUUUUACUUUUAAUCAUGGUGGAAAUAUCCAACCAAGGAAAAAAGUGAGUGUGUCAGGAAAAGGCUUAAGCUUACUCUUCAAUGUCAAGCAGAAGGAGUUCACUGAUGAUCCAGCCCUUGGCUUUGUUGACGCUGGGAUUGUCUUUGUUAUCCAUUCACCAAAUAAGGUGCCACAGUUUGAUGGUUUAGGUUUGUCUUCACCUGUGGGAAUGCAUGCGUGGGUAACCAUCUGCCAAGUGAAGACAGUUCAUCAAGAGUACCCUUGGGGAGAAUGCAACCCUAACAUCAAGCUGAAGAAUUAUAGCAGAUACAGCACAUCUGGUUGCUUGAAAGAAUGCAAAGCAUGGCACAUACAAAGGCAAUGUGGAUGUUUGCCUUUUCUCCUUCCUGGAAAUGGGAUAGAGUGUGACCUGCAAAAAUUUUACAAUUGUGUUUCUCCUGUACUUGAUGACAUUGAAGCUAAGGGCUUAUGUACAAUGGGAAGUCAUAAUUCUACCUGUCCUGUUCCUUGUGAAGAAACAGAAUACCCUGCUACGAUCUCUUAUUCCACUUUUCCAAGUCAAAAAGCCUUGAAAUACCUUUCCAAGAAGUUGAAUCAAAGCCAAGAGCAUGCCAGGAAGAAUCUUGUUCACAUUGAAAUAAACUAUAGUGACUUAAAUUAUAAAAUAACACAGCAGCAAAAAGCAGUGAGUAUGUCUGAGUUACUUGCAGAUGUUGGUGGUCAGCUGGGCCUAUUUUGUGGGGCCAGUAUGAUUACAAUUAUAGAAAUUAUUGAAUACAUUUUCACCAAGUUCUACUGGAUAUGCAUUUUGUUUUUACUGAAGAUACCUGAGAUGACCAAGUGGACUCUUCAAGCUCAGAAUCAACUGGAAAAUAAGCAAGAAAUACAAGAAUGCUAA